UUUUCUUGUCAAGCUCGAGGCUGGAGCACCUUCAAGGUCCCAGCCAUAACUUAUUUUAUUUCAAAGUAAUCACACGAAAUGGCUGAUACGGCGACUGAAAUUCCUAUAAACAUCGAAGAGGGUGUGAGAGAAGCAGUGAAAAAUGUUACAGACCGGCCACCAUCGAGUAUUGAGGGCGUCGCGAUUGCCUACUUAAGUUUAGUUAUUAUGGCUAUUUUGCCGAUAUUUUUCGGGGCAUUUCGUUCAGUGAAGUACCUUAAGGAGCAAAAGGAGUCGGGCGAGCGCGCGGAGACGAUGUCAAACAAGGACGCACUGAUGUUCCCUCUCAUCGCGUCGUGCGCGCUCUUCGCUCUCUACGUUUUCUUCCAGAUCUUCUCCAAGGAGUACAUUAACCUCCUGCUCACUGGGUACUUCUUCUUCCUUGGGGUGCUGGCUCUGAGUCAUCUCUUGAGCCCAAUCAUCUCGUUCCUGGUACCCGCCUCGGUACCCAACGUACCAUACCAUAUCCACUUCACUCGCGGCGAGCGAGACCAGCGGGCUGAUAUAGUCAACUACAAGUUCACCAGCUAUGACGUCAUCUGUGUGUGCAUCUCGCUGUGUCUGGGCGCCUGGUACCUGUUCAAGAAACACUGGAUUGCAAACAACCUCUUCGGUAUCGCCUUCGCCAUCAACGGAGUGGAGUUGCUCCACCUCAACAACGUGGUCACCGGCUGCAUUCUGCUCUGUGGUCUGUUCCUGUACGACAUCUUCUGGGUGUUCGGCACCAACGUCAUGGUCACCGUGGCCAAGUCCUUCGAGGCCCCCAUCAAACUGGUAUUCCCGCAAGACCUGCUCGUGAACGGGCUGAGCGCGUCCAACUUCGCCAUGCUCGGCCUCGGCGACAUCGUGGUCCCGGGCAUCUUCAUCGCCCUGCUGCUCCGCUUCGACAAGAGCCUCAAGCGCGGCUCCGAGUUCUACUUCCGCGCCACCUUCUCCGCGUACAUACUCGGCUUGUUGGCGACCAUUCUGGUGAUGCACGUGUUUAAGCACGCGCAACCGGCGUUGUUGUAUUUGGUGCCGGCGUGCUUGGGCACGCCGCUCGCGUUGGCGCUGCUGCGCGGGGAUAUACAUGCGCUCUUCAACUAUGAAGACCAGCCAGCACUCGUAGAGGAAGACACCAAGGCGAAGAAGACUGAAUAAAAAGCACAAAACAUGACGCAAGCGCACAGCCAGUACCAGGCCUCAGCUCACAGUAGCAUACAACCACCAUAGGGUACUUGUGUACAUACUAUUAUCAAUGCAAAAUAUUAGAAAUUUCAAUGCACAAAGUUUAUACAACUUGAGGAUCGG